AUGGCGUCAUCGCCUGUCAAACAGUUCGUGUUCCAGGUCACAGACUUCCGCGCCUUGGACAACAUCAAAAAGAGUUUCAAACAGUCGACCUGUGAUGGUAAAGAAAAUUUUGUACAUAAGCGAACGCAUUUAAGCUAUACUGGAAGGAAUGAUUUUAGAUAGUAUUGCCUUGUGGAAUGUGUGACAUGAAAGUCUGUGAGAAUAGAAUACUGUCUCAGGCUGAAGUUUUAAUUUAGUAUUGUUUACUUUAUUUUAGUUUUGUCGACCACAGUGAUGACCUCAACGUUAUCGACCACCACCACAACUACAACAACCCCCUCAACCACCACCCCAACGACCACCACAACCACUACCCCAACCACCACUUCAACCACCGCCUCAACCACUACCCCAACCACCACUUCAACCACCGCCUCAACCACUACCCCAACCACCACUUCAACCACCGCCUCAACCACUACCCCAACCACCACUCCAACCACCGCCUCAACCACUACCCCAACCACCACUUCAACCCCCACCACAACAACUACCCCUUCGACCACCACCGCCACCACCACAACGGCAACGUCCCCUACAAGCACGACUGUGAAAGCAACGACAAAGAAACCCUACAAGACCACCGAGGAGCUUCCACAAGAUGAUGGUUUUGAUGAAGGUAAAGAGAUUCUCGUCUAUUUCACCAAUCCCUCUCUUAUAGUUGUUAAACUAAUUUUAACUUAUAUCAUCUUGGAAAGUAACGUAAUACAAUGCACGCAAAGACAAGAUCUCACAACAGUUCACAACAGAUCUCCAUAACACAAGGACUAAUGAUAUCACCGUAGACUACGAUACUAUAUCAGAUUUUUUUUUUUUUAAUGUCACACAGGUUGCAGAGGAAAACCAGCCGACAUCUACUUUCUACUGGACGCCUCAUCUUCUGUAUGGAUCCAUCACUUUCAUGACAGAGUCUUGCCUUUCGUCAGAGAUCUCGUCUCUUCUUUUCACAUCUCACCUCUUCACACGAGAGUUGGACUUGUCACAUUUUCAGAUGACGUAAGCCAUAACUUGUCAUGCAUAGAUUUCAUACUAUAAUAUAACAGACUUACAACCUCCAUAGGCUUUGCCACCCGACCAUCAGUAUAAAUAGUGGAACCAAUUUCAUUUAUUUAAUCAACUUCUUAGUUGUUUAAAAAAAAAUGUUUUUUUCUUAUAGUUGUCAUAAAAAAAACAACAACAAAUUUUUGACGUAUUAAAAAACUGUUUCAUAACUAUUUAAUAUACUAAUCGUCUUCUUUCUUUUAUACCUUUGAAUAUUAGGUGAACCACGAGUUUGGCUUGGCCACACACGAGAAUAUCGAAUCACUCAAAGCGGCACUUCAGCCUGAACACGUGGACUACCUGACGGGCGGCACAAACACCGGUGACGCCAUCAGCUACGUCGUCAAGACAGGUUUCGGGCCCAGCGAGGGCAGGGGCGGCGUGGCCCAGAUCAUCAUAACGGUCACCGACGGUCAGUCCCAGUACCCGGCCAAGACGGCGGAGGCCGCGGCAGAUGCCAGGAGGAGGGGCGUGUACAUGUUUGCCGUGGGCGUGGGCGACAAGGUGGACGCGAAAGAACUGUCGGAUAUCUCCAGCGACCCUGAUGAGGAUUUUGUGUUCCACGUCGACGAAUUCAAGGCCCUGUCGUCCGUCACACAGCUGCUGGCAGUCAAGACGUGUAAAGCCGUUUCUGAUGAGGCCAAUAAGAAACCCAGUAAGCUGAUUUACUCUAUGCUAAACUUUUGAACAUAUAAAAUAAUUUAAAUUUGCAACAAAUAAAAUAUAUCAAUAAUUUAAAGUAUUUAUACAUUUAAAAUAAACUUUAAGAGAAGUUUAACGUUUAAAAAAAAAAAAAUUAGUUUCCUUACUAGCGCAAUGUAUAUCAAAGAUUUGUUGUUUUUUUCUCUCCAGAAUGCUCUAAAUCCCCCACAAACGUCAUGUUCCUGUACGAAUAUCUCCAUUCUGCGGCUUCUUCCAAGUUUAUUUUGGAUGACCUCGUGACCAAGUUCACCGCCGACGCUGAAGUGGUUGCACCGCAUGUCAAGAUUGGGACCAUGACCCAGCCGUGUAUUGGAGAAGGGACUUCUCUGUUAGGUCUCAGCAAGUUCCAAGAGGCGCUCUCUAGCAUCAGAGGGAGGUACGCUGUAGGUUAUCCUAGCCUGGUGAGCAAGCUGAGGAUGAAUGUGUUCAGCCAAGUUCCAGACUCGGAACAGAAGGUCGUGGUGAUGGUUGUAGAUGCGGCGACCCAAAACUUGGACCUGAUCCAGACUGAAGUGGACCGACUAAAACUGAUGAAUGUCAAGGUCAUUGUUGUAGCCGUCGGCAAGGUGGACGAGGCCGCUGUACAGAAGUUAGCCUCUGAACCCCUUAAACAAAAUUUGAUUAGAAUAGAAAGAUACGUUCAUAUGAUUGAUAUGAAGCUUGACGUGGAAGCCAUGAUAUGUAAUGAUAGUAAAGGUGAA